AUUGUUUUCAAUUUCAUAUCUGGACAGUGGACGGGGGUCCUAUUUUGCUUAUCUCCUUCGUUGGUAACGAUGAAGGCAACUUUGAAGACCAAGUACGACGCAGAUAAAAGCGGCGCCGCCUCGACUCUAGCUGUUAACGCCGGAGAUGUCAAGCUCCGAGCUUCCAUUACCGACGCUACAAUCAUCAACGGCCCUAGCUUAAAUGGCCUAGCUCUUGCCGUUGAGAAACCGGGCUUCUUCAUAGUUGAUUACAAUGUCCCCAAAAAGGACCUUCGCUUUCAGUUUAUGAACACUGUAAAGGUAGCGGAGAAGCCUUUGAAAUUGACUUACAUCCAUAGUAGGGGCGACAACAGAACAAUUCUUGAUGGAGCCCUAGUUUUUGAUUCGGCUAACAAGGUCUCUGCCAAUCACGUUCUUGGCUCUGGAAAUUGUAAAUUGAAGUACACUUACGUGCAUGAGGGUGUGACCACUUUUGAACCUUCCUACGAUGUUGCAAAGAACUCUUGGGACUUUUCUGUUUCGAGGAAGGUUUAUGGUGAUGAUGUAUUCAAGGCUACGUACCAGACUACAACCAAGGCACUUGGAUUAGAAUGGACAAGGAAUUUAAAGUCAAGCGGAGAUAUCAAGAUUGUGGCAUCGGUCAAUCUGGCAGAUGAAUCAAAAAGGCCAAAAGUAACUGCGGAAUCGACGUGGAACUUUGAAGUGUAAUUUUCAAUCAAUCUUCCCUUUAAAUUCCUGUUUGUGAUUUAUUCUGGACAUGGAUUUCCAAUAUACAUUCCUGAUUGAAUCUGAGAAUGCUUUUUGCGCACUGAAAAUUUCAGUAGCAUUCUAGCAAAAACCUCAAUAGUCAUAAGAAGCAGUUCUUUUGAAGUGACUGUUCGCUUCCCUAUUGCUCA